AUGCGGCCUUUUCUUCUCAUUUGCGUCAUUGCCAUAGCGGAAGCCGGGCUAUUCGACAUCUUUACCGGUCGGAGAGAAAACGUUCAUGACACUGACCCUGAUCCAGGCGAUCCAGGUGGUAGCCGGGGAAAUCCAAAUCUUGGUGAAGAGGUCAAGAUUCGCCCAGCCGGUUCGGAGAACGCAAACGCCGGAGAUGAAAUUUUCAUACCCAGGAAUCAUGCUCCGGUGAAACCUUUCGAUCGGAAAGUAACAGAAUCACCAGUUACAACCCCCAGGGAAUGGUCAACAGCGACUGAGAAGAGGACUCUUCCCUCUACAAAUCGAUUCAGUGGUGCCGCUACAGACUGCCCAACUCGCGUGGAUGCAUUCUGUUCAGGUCCAAAAUACUCGUAUCUUUUUUAUGGUGACAAAGUUUACUCAAUACUAGACGACAGAGUGGUUUCAUCGCAUAAGAUUGCCGAUUUGUUCCCUUCUGGACCCAAUUCUGUAAAUGCUGCCGUUUUCGACGAAGAUAACGGAAUUUUUGUUCUUAUUCAUGAGCGCUCAGUCUACGGUUACAAAUAUAUGGGAACAGCCUCGAUGGUUCUCGAUUCGUCUUAUCCGAAGGAAUUGCCGUCCGCAGUUUUCACUCCCAACGCAGCGAUAAGAUGGGAGGAUAAGCGUCAAAUGCUUCUUUCGAAUGGCGGAAAGUUCGCUCUCUACGAUCAGAACUGGAACAAAUCGUUAAUGAGUGGACGAACCGAAGAUUACUUCAAGGGACUUCCUGACAAUGUCCGAGGAAUAUCGAAAUGGGAGCAUGGUCACGCGAACGUUUACACAAAGAAUCUGGUGUUCAGUUACAAUUCGGCCGACAAAUCGGUCGUUGGCGAUGGAGUACCAGUUCCGAGAUUUCUCAGAUGCUAA